UACCUCAGCUGUGGGACCACCUCCGCAGACUACGCCAAUGGCGGCAGCCACAGCUCCUUACUCGGCUGCUCACGCGUCCAAUCCCUCGCUCGCGCGAAGAGCAGCGCAUACUGGAUUUUCUACAGUGUAGUAUCAUGCGUAAGUUCAUAUAGAUUUAUCACUUAUAAUCCUUCUUCUAUAUGGAAAUCCAAGUAACAUCAGGUUUGGAUUCCAAGUAGAGUAAGGAAAGAUGAGUGUGUCUAUAAAAUAACAUUCUAUAUUCAAUUGAACCACAUGUUUUCUGCCGCCGCCAUGAAUCCCAUCAUCCCUGUUUGGCGAUACAAUUUCUUUGACGAACUGAAAUGUAUCGACUCCCUUCUUCAUUUCCAUAGAGUUGUUUCUGUGGACACUGAAUUUCCAGGCUUUCUCAUCGAUACUCCAAGACAUGCCAAUGAAUUUCUAACCUACUCUAAUUUGAAGAAUAAUGUGGACGCAACAACACUUAUUCAAUUGGGCCUCACCUUAUCUGACGAGAACGGCAAUAUCGCCGGUUGCUGGGAAUUCAACUUCUCUUUUGAUGCUCAAACAGAGGUAUGUACGGAUGAUGCUUUGGAAUUUCUGAAAGACCAUGGUAUUGAUUUCGACAAGUUGAAGAACGAGGGAAUCGAUAUUCGUUUCUUUUCUGAUGCUUUUGGUCAUCUUUUAGCCAAACAUAGAAAUUUGAAAUGGAUUACUUUCCAUGGAUUGUAUGAUAUGGCUCACAUGCUUACAAUGGUUACCAAAAACUCACUGCCUCAUUCUUCUCUUGAGUUUACUGAGUUGAUUGCAAAUGUGUUUGGUGGCUAUGUUUUUGAUAUCAAGUAUAUUGCGACAUUCUGCGAUGGUUUAUGCAAAGGCGAGUUGGGAUUAGAGAAGUUAGCAAAGAUACUUAGAGUUAAACGAGUUGGUGGCGCUCAUCAAGCAGGAUCUGAUAGUUUAUUAAGUGCAACAGUAUUUUCUAAGUUGAAGACAGUUUAUGGAAUUGAUGAAUCGAGACAUGUGGGGUUAUUGUAUGGCAUUGGCAACCAAAUUCGCAAAUCAGUACGUCCAAGAGUGGUGUAUCCUUCAUUUACGCGCUACUGUCGGCCGAAGAUUUAUCCCAUGCAGGGUGGAAACUUUGGCCAUUUGCACAUCUUGUUACAUAUGCUGUGAUACCAGUAGAACAAAGGCUUCUUUGGGUGGACUGUGUAGAACUCAUUUGGGUUACAAUACUCUGAGUAAAGGGCCAUUGUAAGAUGUAAGAUGGAAAGCAUAAACAACACAGUUUAAUUAAAUUUCUUUUGGGUUUAUCAAA